UGGGGCGAAAAUGUAAUUUUUCAAAUGAAUGGCUGGUGAACAAUGUGCUAAAUUUAUCAAUUUUCUCGUGGUGUUAGGGCAAGCGAAGGUCGUGGAACUUGUGCAUGUGAUGCUGUGAGUGCAAGAUACGCCAAACAUACUGUCUGAUCGGCCUUUAGGAGGAAAACGCUCCAAAAACAUCCUACCAAAGAGUGUCCGAUUUCCGAUCCAUUCGAUUUUCUAGGACUAGCCUAUAGGCUUCUAUUUCACGUGUGUGGGUCUUGGCAGUACACAUCCUUUAUAGUCAAGACGAUUUUCAUCACCUCCACCACCAAGCACAUCUGUGACGGACCUUGAAGCACAGCUGGAAGAUAACUUCAUCCCACAGCACUUUCGUGUUCAACCCAAUAAUUAGUUGUUUAUUGCGAUCCACUUUCACAUCUUCACACCUUGUUUGGCAGAUUGGAUUAAAAGACAAUUAAAUUGCUUGUGUGUUAACCAUCCAAAUUGCAUCGCAAUAGAUGUGACACUGGUUUUGUCUACUGUCAGUGCACAAGUGUCUCUUUGAUCCUCAAGUUUGACAAUCAACAUUUAGGAUGGAGGACCGGCCCACAUGCAGUUUUGGUGAUCAGUUAUUCUGGACUCGUCAUGACACCUGCAGUGGCAAAGGUUCACCACCUUUAAAAUCUCAGAGCCCAACAUCCUCCCAGCAGAAACGACCUAACUUUCGUCUUGAUUUGAGCAGUGCACUUAACUUACAACCUCGGCAACAGACCUCUACCAGUAACACCAUGGACAACUUGACAUUAUCUCCUGCAGUAACGUCUUCCAAGGACUUCGUUCAGAAUGUUUAUUCCCCUGUGACAAACCUUGCACUCAAUCUAAACCAGCUGAACACUGGAAACGACUUUGAUACACCCAAGCGGCGGUUGACCUUGGCAAGUCUGGGCUCACCAACCUCAUUCAAACCACUUGGAGAGAAGAAACACUUCUCAAUCAGUGAUCAUGGAAUUUGCCUUGAUUCACCUUCACCUCUCAGUCCAGUUGAUGACGUUAAUCUAGAAAAGAAAUUUGAGGCAUUAACAAAGAAUUAUGAAGAAAAGGAAAAUCAAGAUCUUCAAAGAAGGUAUCGCCCGUGUCUCAGACGAGUCAAGUCCAUGUCACAAGCGCCCUUAUCAUCGUUUAUGAGUCCUACUUCAAUAUUGGAGGAGUCAUCAAGAUUUGAGACUCGGCCAUUCCAAGAUUCCACCAACAAAAUCCGAUUUCAGUUAGAAGAGGAGGAGAAUUCUCAGGAUAGUGGUCUUGGUUGUGAGAAAGAUAAGGAUGAUGACUUCCACUUUGCUGAGCCUGUCGGCCUCCCACCAAAGAGGAACAGACUGCUAGGCGAGGAUUCCAACUCACCACUCAGAUACUCGCCCUGCAAGCCCAGCGACGGCAAGCGAGGAAGCAUGCCGCCUCUUAGCCUGUUUUCCAAAUCUACGUCCCUCGAAGACUUACCUCGUGCCAGGUCCCCGCUAGCCACAGUGUCCUUAACCAGCUGCCGCAGCCCCCUCCAGCGAGCGCACUCGGCCGAAUCGACCAAUAGUAAUGAAGACGAUGAUGGAUUCUUAGAAUUGAUCGACCUUGAAGAUGACGAGGAUGACGUCAGGAACUCUGGUGUGAAGGGCCUCAGCAGUUUGUUGAAUGCUCCGUUAAUCCAUCCCAAAUCACCUAGACAGCCUGCAGAACAACUGAUCUCACCCCCAUUCCCAAGGCGUGGAAAGGCAAUGCCACGAGGCCUGUUCCGCAGUCCCAGUGCCCCCAAGCUCAACCUCCCACAAUCGCCCAAGUGCAGUCCAUUCGUCCUCAACACGCGCCUCACAUCAUUCAAGCGCCCAGAGCCCCCUGUUGAUGAGAACACACCGGUGAUGUGCAAGAGAAGGAAGAGUGUGUCUGACUUCAACGCCGAACCUUGCUACCCGAAGGAAAUUCAACAAAGGGCAAAGAUUGUGCCCAAGUUCCAACGCUCGGUAUCUGCAGGGGACGAAUGCAGCAUCAAAUCUGCCCUCAACAAAGGUGCCGACCAAACUGAUCUCGUUGGAGAUUUCUCCCGAGCAUUCUGCCUACCUCAUUCCUCAGGCAAACAUCAAGAUCUCAAAUACAUUUCACCCGAUACGUUGUCCCGCUUGCUCAAGAAUGAAUACAGUCAUAUAGUCGAGGAGUUUGUGAUCGUGGAUGCUCGCUUCCCCUAUGAGUAUGAGGGUGGUCACAUCAAGGACGGUCUGAAUCUCUACACGAAGGAUCAGAUCCUCGCCGAGUUCUUCAAGAAGAUUCACGUGACCCAGGACCCCAACAAACGCUUUAUCAUCAUCUUCCAUUGCGAAUUCUCCUCAGAAAGAGCGCCCUCUCUAUCUCGCUUCUUGAGGAGCCAAGAUCGUGAGGCCAACAAAGACUGCUACCCUCACCUGCACUACCCCGAGUUGUACCUCCUCGACGGCGGUUACAAGAACUUCUUCGAGAGUACCGACAAAGACUUGUGCGUCCCUCAGACCUACAAACCAAUGUUGCACAGGGACCACUCUCACGAUCUCAAGCACUUCCGUGCAAAGUCCCGAUCAUGGGGCGGAGAAAGCCGUCGGUCUGGUCUAUCACGGGGAUUGAAAUUCUAAAGCAUUGACAAACUCUUCCUAGGCAAUAUAUUGGACUUUACACCCCCACCAGUCAAUAUGAGGCUGUCCUAAAUUUAUUGAAAAUGCAUUAGAAUGGGCUUGCCUGAUAUUGGUUUGCAGGGAUGUUCGGUUUAGCAGGAGCUGUGAUAUGCUAUGUUGAAUUUUUAGUGUGCCCUAAGCAGGCUCUGAUCUGACCUCUUAGUAUGAAAGCAUAAGAAUGACAUAAGACUACCCCGGUGGUAUAAAUUUUUCACGUAUCCUCCAUGAACCUUUCAGGACUGGGGUAUUUGGAAGAAAUGUUUAAUUUUAUCAAAAAUAACCCAAAGUUAUCAAAACCUUUGCAAAGGUCUGGAGGCUAUGAUUUGAGUUUCAUAGUGAGGUCAGGUCAUGUUGAGCAAUAAGGGACACAGAGUUUUGAAUCUUGCAAUACGGGAGUGCAAAAUGGAGUUAAAGCAAUAAUUGAGUGCAUGGACUGAAUUUGCUACUCUAAACUGGAGUGCAUAGACUACUGAAGUGGAGUGCAGAGACUAUUGGAGUGCAGACUGCAUUUACUAAUACUGGAGUGCCGUAUACUAUAAUGGCAUGCAUGUUAGAUAUAUCUUCAUACUGGAGUGCAUAGACUGCGUUGGAGUGCAUGGGAUGAACUCUCUUCUUUCAAAAACAGGAGUGCUAGCAUGACUUAUAUUACCCAAGGCGAACCCAAAAUGGCACAAUGCAAUAUUUGAAAGAAUAGACUUGCUUGCAUGUACCGUGAUUUUGGAGUUCAUAGCUUUCAGACUGCAGACAAAAAUGGAGUGCUUGAUAGAAUUUGUAAUGCAUAGACAUUUGGAGUGCUGAACCUAUCUUGGGUUCAAUGCGAAAUGCUAAAUUUUUCCUUUCAGGUCUCUUGGAGUGCUGACUUUUCUGAUUCUCACAUUGGUGUCCACAUGAUACCCGUUUAUUUGGAAAUCAUUAUGUUGUUUUAGGAUGAGGGGAUGAGUGGAUUAUCUUACCACCAGUAAAUUCAAUGUGUAUUGUCAGUGUUCUCAGUCACAACAAAAUCUAAGCUGAAUGCUGUCUGACGUGAAGAGAAUAGAGUUGAGAACACUGGCUGUCUACAGAUUGGUUCUGGCAGGGAACACAAAUGUUUUUUGAUUCUGUGAUUGUUCAUUCAUAACACAUCCGCUACAAGUCACUACUAGUAUAAAUUGUAGUUUUGUGGCUGGCACUGAAGACCAUUCAAUCAAAUACAAGACAUAAUUCACAAUCUGCUAUCUCAAACAGUUACGGUAGUGCCACACAGACUAGGACACAUUAUUAAUGAGCAAUCACAUUAUUCUGGAUCCACUGCCGAAAGCAGCAACAAUCUGUUAAACAAUGGGUGAUAUGAAUAAAGUCUAGCAAAUGCUUUUACUCCGGUUUUGUACAGGAAGGCCUAGUGUAAAUGUACAUGGAGAUUUAGAUAAAAGCACUUGCUAGUCUUUAUUCAUAUCACCCAAUGUCUAAUAGCUGAACCAGCCAAUUCUGGUAUAGUUUGCCCAAGACUAACUUAUAUGUUUUGAACUGGCAUAUGUUUGUGUGCGAGUCUGUGUGUAUGUUGGAAUGAUUGUGAUAGUGUGAAUGUCGCCAGUUUCUCCUAAAAUUGGGAGAACAUUUCAAUUAGGUGCGUAAUGCACUGCUGACACCUCUAUGUGCUAUUACCUCAACAUUAAUUUAUUUUCAACUCGGGGGACUGUUUGCAGGUGAUUUAAAAAAUACAAAAAUAUUCCAGAAGGAAUUGAGAAUGUCUUUCACAUUGUGAGGUGACAUACAUGUAUGCCAUAUGCUGUUUGCAGUGUAUCACUAUCAGCAAGCGAUUUUGCUGCAUUCAUAACAAGGCUUAUCAAUUGGAUUUUAUUUUUUUAAAUCAUCUCUGCUUUCCCUCAAGGGUCUUAAAUCUUAUCUAUCACUUGCAUCUGCAUUCUCCAUCAUCAAUUUAAAGUGGAUUGGUGUGUGAUAUUGUAGAAAACUGCUAGUUGGACAUCGAAUCUAGUUUGAAUGACUGAACAUUUUCUGUGAAAAUGCCUAGGUCAUCAGAUCAGAUCGAUCCUAUAAGCUUGACAUCUAAUUGUGGAAAAUCUCUUAUAAUAACUUGGGACAAUUUUUAACUUUUAUGUUUGUUUGAACAAGUUUUUGUUAUAAUUGAAAUUCACAUUAUUUUGUUACUUGCACUGCAUGUUUUCUCCUAGACUUCCUGAUCUAGGAUUUUAAUUGUGCAUUGCGUCACGGUGUGAAUCAAGUGUAUAGAUAUGCCAUGUACAGGAUUUGUAAAUAUCACGUAUUCUUAUUAUUAUAUCAAUGUUACAAUUGUUGGUAGCCGAAUGUGAGGAGGUCAGAAAGACAGAUAGAAGAAUUAAUAUAAGUGUAUCAGCUAGAGCCAAAGUAUAUAAAUCUAGAAGAGUAGUACUUCCUUUGGAUGACAUCCCCUGGAUGGGCAUGGAAAAAAUUUCGCAAAGAAAUAUUAAAUAUCCUAUUCAAGGAUGUUGUCUACUGGGGUAACUGCUAUAAAAUAUGUUGUAUAUUCCAAACAUUGAAUCCUAGGCAAAAGUUUCGAACUAAAUUUUAACCAACCUUUAUUGAAAAGUAACUGGUGUAUCACGAAAAUUUGCUUUUGAUGUCAGUUUCGGAAUUGAAUGUAUAAGAAGAAAGUCAGCUAAGUUGAACCAGUGAGAAAGUGCAGGUAUUUUUUCUAAAAUCUUCAAAUACUCUUGAUGUUUAAUCUAAAUGUUGUCUACUAUUUCUUCAAUGUUUUCUAUUAACUACAAGACUGGUUCAGCUUGGUUGGAUGUUGUUUGUGAUAAGUCGAUGUUGUGCCAUUGUAACGUGUAUUCGAUAAAACUACCUUCUCAGGAAGUCGAUAGAUCUAAAAAUCUGUCCUCAGAGUCAUAUAUAAGUUCUCUAAAAGUCAUUUAUUGAAACGUUAACAUUUUGGAAACGUAUUUUCAAAGUAUGAAAACGUUCAAAAUCUGGCUUUUGAAAUAUAGAUGUAUGAUAAGAAUUCUGGAUCUCUUGAAUUCUCCAUGAGUCUUCUCCCCUUGUUCCAGAUAAAAGGCCAAAGUUAUGAAAGCAUUUUAGCCCGGACAGUCUUUGUCCAUUUAACAUGUCAUCACGUGUUAUGGACUCAGAAUUGGCAUUCUCAAUAGACAGUACUGGCUAUUAGUGUUUCUGUCUGUCUUAAUGAAAAAAUGGAACGUCCCUGUUCCAAAAACAUGGUACUGGGAACAUGGUAGUUUUCUUGUGGAGGGUUUGAGAGAAUUAUGCUUUCCUCGGAACAAAAGGUGAUAGCUUUAAUACAUUGAUGGUCACAUGUAAAGAUAUCUUUUUAUAUCAGGUAUGAAAAUGUUGAGUUCAUUUGGAAAAAGGGGACUGAACCUUUUUCCUCGUAGUUGUGUGGUAGAAAAGUAGAAUAUAUUAAUUUAGGCUUAGGUUUGUACAAGGCUUGGUAGGGAUAUUAGGUAUUGUAGGAUGUGGAGAAAAUCUAGCGUUCGGUUUUUGGCAUGUCAUUUAAAGUAUUUAUAUAUAUAAUAAUAAUUUCAAGACUAAAAGAGUCACUUGAAACUUGUAUUUCAUUUGUCAUGCAUUUAUAUUGUGGACUUAUAUGGAACAAAAGAAGGGCGAUUCCACUGGGAGGUCAUUUUGUCAAACAAGGUGGACCAGUGACAAAUUAGGAUAACAGGAAUUUGGGCAUUCCUCCUGCUGUACGAAAGUACUGAAAAAUGGAAUGGUCCUGCUCUGAAAUAUAAGGUAAUAAUAGCCUUUAGCACAGUAAUUUACAAGAAUAUGCAUUUCGGAGCUUAAUAUGUUAUUAGUCCAAACAAGCCCUGCCAUUGUUUGCAAGUCGAGAGACUGCAAUUAUUCUGUGUGUGUUUGAAACGUCAAAAGGAUAGGUCCUGAUGGUAAAUGUAGUUGCAAAUAGCACACAAGCAUUUAAAAUAUCUUUUAUAUCUUAGUAUAAGAUCAAACUGCCAUUUUAGUCAAGUGGCUUUUUUAUGUGUUCAUGAUUUGCAUAUUUUAGGUUAUUUAGCAGCAUGUUCUUUUUUAAUUAACAUUAUUUAUAUAGAUUGUCUUGUGUGCAUGAUAAGUUAAAAGCAUACAUGUAAUGGACUGAUUGUGGUUCACUUCAGAAAAUAAUUGAAUUUUGCAGGCAAGGAUUUUCUGCCAAGGGUUCUAGUAGUUUAGGUGUAUUGAUGAAAGAAAGGAGACUAAAGAAAUGUUCGGAGAUUUGGUAUUAAGUGCAUGCAGUUCAACUUAAAAAACCUAAGCUAGUCUCACUGGGAUCUAAGCAGGCAUCCCAAUCUAUGGAAUAUUUAUUCAAGGGUAUUAACAAAGGUCACAAUCCUGAACUCAAAUAAAAUAUGUAGGUUUAUUCAAAUUGCACAAAUUAUGUAGGGGGUAGGUGGUGGUUCAGCUUUCUACCUUAUGGUUAAGAUAUCUGUCUUCCUGUGUGGAUUAUUAUAAUGACGUCCUAAACUAUUUAGGAUGUAAGGUUGCUUUAUAGUUCACUUUAGGUAUGUCAAACUUUUGCACCAAUAUUUUAGUUCCAAUUCCUAAUGCAUUUAGGAGAUGCUCAUGUAUUCUUGUCUGUGAAUAAAGUGAACAGAGGGGUCCUGAUGGGGCAAGCAUCUCAUGUACCGGUAUGUGUGGUUUGCAGAGAAAACACUUUAAAAUUUAAUGGUAAAACAUUUUGAUAUGUGACUACGUCAGCAGGGUGUAUCCUUACCCUUGUACAACAUUUAAACAUAGUGGAUAGUUGAUGUACUCUAGUGUCACUGAUCUAAAACCAUUUCUGAAUAUUUCGAAUGCACAUGGUCGUGGGUUGGUGACACCAAUCUGUCUGGUGGUCAUGAGUGGUUUUAUAUCGGUGAUAUUAGAGUAAGUUACAGGCUGAAUUUGACAAAACAUUCUAUGUUAUCUUCUUCACUGUCACCUUCUGAUGUUUUGAUUGUUGCAUACCUCACAUUCAGCUCAGUGUUCAUUUCUUCCUUCACAUCAGUAUUACCCACGUAUCAAUGUGUAAAAUAAAUAUAUUUUAUUGUGAA